AUGGAGUGAGAGUUGGCAGGGGAAAGGUGUUGUGAGGCAGGACGCCUCUUCUUAUCUGAGCGCGUCUCGCUCGGUGAUUCGGUGUCGCUGGUCCGGACUCCUCCAGCCCACCGCCAGCCUCCACCUCUUUUCUCCUCGGAGCUGCAGGUUGAAGCUGCUGCCGCUGCUCGCUUCCUGUCACAUGGUUGGAAAUCGGAUCCCUGCCUGCUACUAUCUGGUCCCAUCGCUGUGUUGUUCAGAGUCCGUGCGAGCGGAGUGGCGGAGAGACGCGCCGCAGAAGUUCAGGGACUUUACCACAGCCAGACCCGGACCGACGCCUCCUCACCUGAGACUCCUCCACCGCCGCCGCCGCCGCCACCAUGGACGCCCGGUCGCUCACCUCCGCGCUUCUCCUCGCUGGGUUUUUAUCUUCCGCAGCCUUGAAUCACUUCGACACCGAGUGUUACACCGCCAACGGAGAGGACUACAGAGGCUUCCAGAACCAGACCAGUCUACACGGCGGGAAGCCCUGUCUCUUCUGGAACGAGACUUUCCAGCACCCGUACAACACGGUCAAGUACCCCAACGGAGAGGGCGGACUCGGGAGUCACAACUUCUGCAGAAACCCAGAUGGGGACGUUCAGCCGUGGUGCUACAUUGCCGACCACGAGGACAGCAUCUACUGGCGAUACUGCGAAAUACCCACGUGUCAGAUGCCAGGAAACCUGGGCUGCUUCAGGGACAGCGGCGACCCCCCCACCCUGUCGGGCAGCAGCGAGACCUCCAACAAGCUCACCAUCCAGAACUGCAUCAGCUUCUGCCGCCGGCAGAGAUACAAGCUGGCCGGCAUGGAGUCGGGCUACGCUUGUUUCUGUGGCAAUGAGGUGGACGUCCACGACCAGGGCGAGUCACCCAGCAUGGAGUGCAACCACGUGUGCUUCGGUGAUCACACGCAGCCCUGCGGAGGAGACGGGUGGAUCAUCAUCUUCGACACUCGAGUCGGAGCCUGCGGUGGAAACUACACGUCCCCGUCCGACGUCAUCUACUCGCCAGACUACCCGGACAGAUACUCGGCGGGGCGCGUGUGCUACUGGACCGUGCAGGUGCCAGGCGCUCGCGCCAUCCUCUUCAACUUCACCUUCUUCGACAUCUCCGACCAGACGGACAUGGUGGAGCUCCUGGACGGUUACACCAACCUUGUGGUGGCACGCUUCGACUGGCGAAACCCGCCGCGCGACCUGGUCAACAUCACGGGCGACUUUGUCAUCCUCUACUUCUACUCGGACCGGACCAACCAGGCGCAGGGAUUCGCCCUGCUGUACCAAGCUCUGAGGAGUCAGGACUCUGGAGAGUCCAGCGAGGACGUCACCAGCACAGUCAGCCCGGCGCUGCCCGGGGCCGUCACAGAGAGGUCCAACAGCACCUCGAAAGGCCACACCUCCCAGAUCCUCUACGUCAUCACGUCCAGCCCCGGUAAACCGGAGCACAACAUGCCAGGUCAGUGGGCUGGACCCGGCGGCCACAGCACUAUGUGGACCAUCUACGCUCUCGCCGCUCUGCUGGUCCUUACGGUCGUCGCCAUGGUCGCCAAGCUGCUGCUGCACGUCACCAUCAAACCCCCCAACAUCCCGACGGUGAGCGGCUCCGACAGCUGCAGCCAGAGCACGGCGUCCUCCGAGCCCUGGAUCAUCCUGUACCGGCCCUCCACCAUCUCCCUCUUCAAGAAGAAACUAAAGAACCACCACGGCGACCUCAGCCCUCUGGUGGGCAACUAGCGCAAUGACAACUACUUCUUCUACUACUACGACUACUGCUGCUGCUGCUGCUGCUGCUGAGCUCCGUGGACCCAGACUUGUGUGUGGCCGAGCUGACCAAUCCAAGAAGACUGUGGAACUGAUACAAGGUGCUAGCUAGCAUGUGCGCAUGACCAGCGGUGCGGGCGGGUGAGGCUCCGCCCCCCAGCCUGGGCAGUCAGAGGACACCUUGUGAUGGAGACACUUGGCCUCCAUCACAGACUCAAGGGAGGAGGAACUCUUUGCUGCCUCGUGUGGACGAUAAUCAUCCAAAGAGUUUUUUCUUUUGUCUUCGAGAAAAACGGACCACAACAGGGACACUUUCGGGAGGCAUCAUCGCCAGGAUGAGCUCGCUCGCCCACUCAGCUGUGGAGAGGAGCUCAAUGUACAUGUUGAUAGGGGACUGUGGCGGGAAGGGGCGGGGUCAGUUGUGUUCAAGUGCCUUACGGAUCCACUUUGUCCCAAAUGCUCAGAUGGCGUCCACAGGCGCCGUGGUUUCACUGUCCAUCACUCACUGUCAAGUGACUCAGAAAAACAGACAGCGUCAGGGAGGUGGGUUGAGUCAGAGAGGAGACUCUCGAGUCAGUCUCCCGAGCAGAGAUUAGAUCUGACAGGAAUGACUCCAAAACUUUCUGAUAAAGGAAGACUAAACCAUCAAAUCUGCAAAAAGUUAUCGUCACCUGACACUGUAAAAGUAGAGGAGGUGGAGUUUUGCUUGAGAUGAAUGUACAUAAUACAGCGUCACUGAAACCUGCUUCAGCAGUGAAACCGCGGUCAUGUGGACGCGUCCCACCUGAUCCUCUCACGGGCGACGCCGCCGUGACUCGCAGGCACUCGGUCUGUAAAAAUAACCAUGUGAUCGCUCCAAGACAGGUUGUCACGUCCCGCUCGUCUUACUGAACAUAUUGUUCACAUCGAUCGUUGAGUGUGUGUCAUCAAAACACAACCAACUUCCACUUGUCAAGUGACAGCCACAUCACAAAUGGAACGCACUUACAGAGGCCCCUACGUGGAGCACUUGAGGCACCAGAGCUGCACCACAUCGACACGUGUCCUUCCACUUGGAGCCAGAAACCUCUUUAUCCAGCACUUCCACUAUGAAAGCACUUGAGCUACCUGAGCACUCGAAACCUUCAACUGGUGCAACUGUCAGCUACCAGCAGGGACCUGAAACUGAAUCCACUCGGGAUUCAAACCCACAACCCGUUCUCCGUGUGAUUUCAGACAGCAGGAAACAAAGAUCCAGAGUCAAAGGAAGUGAGGUCACUCCCACAGGAAGCAGCGCUACAGACUGAUGUUUGGAAUCACAUGGUUUCAAACGCAGUCUGGUUCAAGACGUGUCUUCAAUCGACCUCACUAUUGCUGACUGUUUUGACUGUCACAUGGAAACCAGAAAAUCCCUUUGAGUUACUUUAAUUCUUAAUCGACUGGAAUCCGAUUUAAGAAAUACAUCUCACUCUUUUAUUCGAGGUGAACUGGAGUGCUGUGAAAUUUUCUUCUUCAACUGAAGAAACAACAGAGUGACUCAGUAAUAUCAGCCCUCGACAUGGUUGAAUGGACCAGUGAGGACACCAGCCACUGCAGCCAGUUUGCUGCUGAGCGGCUGGCGAACACACCUGUGGAUGGAUGUGCUGUGCAGCUCUGGUCGUACCUCAGAGGAACUGAGCAAACAUGGCCGACGAGUCAGGAGCGCAGGGGUCCCAAGUCACGUCUGUGGUCAGCGCCAACGUCUGGAGAGCCGACCUGUCUUGAUGGAACUGUACAUAGCUCGUGAUUUCUUUUUAUUUAUACAGUAAAUUAUUCUUCUUUUGUACGUCAGUGGGACAUAAUCUAUCUUUUGUAUCCGUGAAGUGGCCUGGUCCUUUUAUUUAAUGUGU